UCUCCUCUAAACCCAGCCCCUGGGUGGAGCCCCACCCUCGCUGCGCCGACUUUGGUGCCUAUUGAAAGUGAAGUGGUACAGAUAGCUCGCUGCACACUCACUGGAAUACACGUGCCGGGGGUCGCUGGUGAAAAGGUUGAAGGUGUUCUUUAAGAAGAUCGGAUAUUUUGUGUGUAUGUCAGAAGCCUCAUAAGCCAUGGGUAUCAUAGCCUUCUUGAAAUCACAAUUCGUCUGUCACCUUCUUAUAUGUUACAUCUUUGUAAUGACUGGACUCAUCGUCAACUUCCUUCAAUUGUGCACAUUAAUUAUUUGGCUAUUCAACAAGCAACUGUACAGGCGGAUCAACUGCAGAUUGGCUUACUGUAUUGCCAGCCAAUUGGUGUGGCUGCUGGAGUGGUGGUCAGGCACUGAAUGUACUCUUUAUACUGAUCAAAAGAAUUACGUUAAAUAUGGAAAAGAGAAUGCUAUUGUUAUUCUCAACCAUAACUAUGAGAUUGAUUUUCUUUGUGGAUGGGACUUCUGUGAAAGGUUUGGUGUCUUGGGGAGUUCAAAAGUACUUGCGAAGAAAGAGCUAGCUUACGUUCCUCUGAUCGGUUGGAUGUGGUAUUUUCUGGAGAUAGUGUUUUGUAAGCGACAAUGGGAGGAAGAUCGCAAAAACGUUGUCCAGAGCUUGCUUAACCUCCGGGAUUACCCCGAAAUUUUUUGGUUUCUGAUUCACUGUGAAGGAACACGCUUUACAGAGAAAAAACAUCAGAUUAGCAUGCAGGUGGCAGAAGCCAAAGGUUUGCCCAAGCUGAAGUACCAUCUCCUCCCUCGAACAAAAGGCUUUGCAUUCACUGUUCAGUGUCUGAGGGGUGUAGUCCCAGCUGUGUAUGAUGCUACACUCAAUUUCAGAAAUGGUGAAAAUCCAACUUUACUGGGAACUUUGCAUGGGAAAAAGUACCAUGCAGAUCUCUACGUUCGACGGAUCCCAUUAGAAGAGAUUCCUGAAGAUGAAAAGGAAUGUGCCAACUGGCUCCAUAAACUGUACCAAGAAAAGGAUCUUCUGCAAGAGGAAUACUACAAAAACGGCACUUACCCCGGCACGGCAAUUGUCCCACCAAAACGACUCUGGGUCCUUAUAAACUGGCUGUUCUGGUCUGGGUUAUUGCUCUUUCCUUUGUUUAAGCUAGUUGCCAAUAUGAUCAUCAGUGGAUCGUCCCUGAUUCUAAUUGCAUUUCUGCUUAUCAUCAUUGUGGCCUCUGUUGGUAUACGAUGGAUGAUUGGAGUGACAGAAAUAGAGAAGGGCUCCAGCUAUGGUAACAAUGAAUCAAAGCGAAAAAAUUAAUUUCUGCGAAGGAGGAUAGUACUUCGAAUGGAGCGAAGAUAUAUAUUUUUUUGAAGAGAACUUGAGGCAGACGCCAGGGUUGAAGAAUGAUGCGCCUAAAUUACUGUGAUUCAUUCGCAUACUGAUCACUGGGUAGAGUGGUGUCUUAAUCUGCGUAGAAGGAUAGAAAGGAAGUCAUAUCCUUUAUGAUCUAUGUGAUACAUGAAACCAUUCACACGGUAAUGAGACAUGUUGAAAUUGGAUAUUGUUGCAGAAUUCCACAAUAAUAGUGCCACUAAAAGAUGUUGAGGCUUUCGAUCUAAAUGGAAAUGACCUUUUUCUAAAAAAACUGGUGUAACAGAAGAAUUUAGUCUUUUUCUAAUAACAUAAAAUUGUGCUUCUAACUUACGCCAGUGCAUUUGUAUUUUAAUGAGUUUGAGUCGCCCUUUAGUCUUGCAGAAUAUGUAUUUUAUCAUCACAGUUGCUGAGAUAUUUGAUGAACUGAUCCAACCCAGGCAGAAAAAAAAGGUUUUGACUGACCUAAUGUUGCAGGUUGUCGUCACAGGGUGAGUGAAAGCUCAUCGAUUUAGAACCUUGGAAUUGGAGGUAAUUCAUGUUGCAGAACGAGAUGGUGUUGGCAUUUCAUUCGCACGAAUUAAAGGGUUAACAUAUGAGGAGCACUUGAUGGCUCUGGGCCUGUACUCUUCGGAGUUUAGAGGAAUGGGUGAGGGAAUCUCAUUGAAACCUAUCA